AUGGAUAUGGUGAGCUUCACGAACAAGCUCUUCGCUUUGGUUGUAUUGAUGACAGCCAUAUCUACCGAUGCUCAAACCAUAUGCAAUAUGCCAGCUGCUGGUUUGAUGGCGUGCAAGCCGUCUGUGACACCUCCAAACCCAACCCAGCCGACUGCAAAGUGUUGUUCAGCUCUCACGCAUGCAGAUAUGCGAUGCCUUUGCUCCUAUAAAAACUCCAACGUGGUGCGUUCACUAGGUAUUGAUCCAAACCUCGCCAUGAAGCUCCCUGGCAAGUGCAAGCUUCCUCAUCCUGCACAUUGCUAG